AAAUAAUCAAAUUGUUAAAUGCUUAAAGUACACAAAAUGUCAGAGAUCUGCACUGUCAUGAACAAAAAUUUAAACCUAAUUUUUCGUGAUUUGUUGGAUUAACCCUCUGAGGUCUGAAUCCCAGGCUGUGCACAUCAACAUCACAGAUUUGUACAAAUAAAGUUUAUAACAAAGACAUGUUAAAUAUUAAGCACUGAAAACAGCUUGGUUGUUGUUGUUUGGAACGUCAUUUAAUGCAUGUUGUUUGGUUGCCAUAGUGAUGCCUUGAUGCUAAAAUGACAUCACAGCAUUUAAACAUGUUUUGGAUGAAAACAUCAGCAUAUGAAAACAGAACUGAAGAGACACUGCAACCAAAGCAGACGACUAGUGAAAUUUCUACGUUUCCCUGAGGAUUAACUGCUCUGCAAUUUACCAAGAACUAAAUCAAAAUGAAUGGAAGAGGAGAUGAAUCACAAAAUAACCGUAAUGGCCGACAGGUUAACCCAGAAAAUCUUCCAAGUGGAGAUCAGGAACCAGCUUAUGAACCAGUUUAUGAACCAGUUUAUGAACCUAUUGGUGGAUUCUGGGGUUUACUGAACAGUCUUUAUCAUGCUCUCUAUAAUAUAAUUUUUUGGAGGCUGAUGGAGCUGUUAGAUGAAUUAGAGGAACAAUAUGAUGUCUUUCACAUUGACAAUGUCAAUGACGGCAAUGUUAACAAUGUAAACAUUGCCGACAUUGAAAAUGAUGAUUCUGAUGAGGCAUUUGAAGACUGUGAGGAUGUUCACCAGUACAUCCCAGAAGAGGAUCCUCAGCCAGGUGUAUCCAGGAGGAGGCCUAGAGAGAUGGAUGAAGAAGAUGUGGAACCAAACAAAAGAUUCAGAUGGAGCGAGGAGUUUUCUGAUGAUGACUCUGACUUCAUCUCUGCCUGCGACACUGAUAGCGAGGGCUGUCCUCAUGCUGGUAAUAUUGCUGAUGAGGACAUCAAUCAGCAGGUACCAGAAGAAGAACAGCUGCCUGUUGGAUCCACGAAAAGGUCCAGAAAGGAAGAUGGAGAUGAAGAAGAGCCUAAUAGCAAAAAGUCCAGGCUUGCAAACUCCGAGAGCAGUAGUGAUGAACUUUUUGAAGACGCACAUGAAGAGCUUGACAACCAUGAAACUGGAGGCUCGAGGAAGCGGUCCCGAGAGGAUUUUGAGGAAGAAGAGGAAAACUCGCGUGUUUGCAAAUUUCGGAGGUGUUCAGAUGAGUCCACCAGCACCAGUGAUGACAACUAACGCUAUUUCGACGGCGUUUUCAGUAUCCUUUUAAUAGGCUGAUAGCUUUCUCAUGUGACCCUGAAUCCUCCUUGCAGGCUGCAAUAAGCUGGGCAUACACUGUGCGAUUUCUUCAGUCGCGUUAUUCAGCUCCUGCUCAAACUGUCCGAUUGACUGGCAGGGGCUAGAAGUUCGUAGGUCACGAUGCAGGGUCUCACACUAUACGGCCCGAUGCUCUGUGCGACCCGAGUGCUCACACUGUGCGUCCAUAGCAUGAAGGUUAAAACACAAAAUCUUACACUAUUUUCACGGUUGUUGCGGUCGCGAUAAUUUUGUGAGGUCACGUCGAAAAGGCUCGGAUGACCUUGCCAAAGUUCUACAAGUCGUGCCUCCAUCGCUUGUGUCCGGAUCACACGCCGCACUGCCGUGCUGUUCCGUCUUUUCGCUUUUAUUUCUGUGUUUGCGCAUGCGCAGUGUGAGACGCUGCGUUGACACCCUCACGAUGGCCGACAGGAUUUCAAACAGGUUUGAUUUCUUUACGACCAAACGCUUGAUGAUCGGGAGCUGGUCGUGAGGUGUUAAUCGCUUCUCGUUACCCCAUGUAUACGAUGCACGACACGUGAUUAAGGCCAAACUCGGGCCGAUCCCCAAAACGGUCGCACGACUGAAAAAUCGGCUCAAAAUGGGCCAAAAAUCGCACAGUGUACGCCCAGCAUUAGGCUGCCGGGGGAUUCCCAUCAUGCACUGGGUGU